AUGCAGCAGCACACCGGCCAGCACCUUCUGUCCGCCGUGAUGAACAGUUACGAUGGCCUCAACACACUCGGGUGGGGGAUGGGAAGCGAGGGCGAUAUGAACUACGUCGACCUGGCCCGCAAACCCUCAGAAGCGGAGAUGGAGGCCAUCCAAGCACGUUGCAAUGAACUCAUAUCGGAAAACCUGCCCAUCGCGGUGGACACACCUUCGGACGCCAAGCAAGACCGCCUACCUGGAGACUACGACAAGGGCAAAGGUGUCAUCCGGGUCAUCAGCAUCGGAGGCAUCGAUCGUAACACCUGCUGUGGCACCCAUCUUAGGCAGACGUCUCACAUCUCACUUAUAUUGUUAGGAUCUACGCAGACGGUGCAUGGAAAGAACUGCCGUCUUUCCUUCACUGCCGGCCGGCGUGCCAUUGCCCUCUCAGCAUCCUCCGUGGGCGCUAUGCGAUCCAUGGCUAGACUUUGGUCAUGCGGCCAAGGGGCCGAAGAGGUUGCCGCUGCAGCAUCUCGGGCUAAUGAUACCCUGGCAGACCUUAAGAAGCGAGAAAAGAAACUCUUAGCGGAGAUUGCAACCUACGAGGUUGAUCGUAUCAAGAGCGAGGUACAGAAGGAAAAAGCAAUUUGGGUGUACCGUGCUGACACUGGCCUGGAAUUCUUCACUGGAAUUAUUGCCCAGGUCAAAGAAUCAGUCAAGGGGGAAGGGGCCGUGUUACUCAUGGCUUCCGGGGAAGAAAAGAAGAGUGGUUCCAUUGUAAUCUAUGGAGAGCCAGCACAUGUCCAAGUUCUCACAGGCAAGGUGCAAGAAGCUUUGGAGGGUGUAAAGGGUGGAGGAAAGGGCGAGAAAUGGCAAGGAAAGGUGACGGAAUGGAAGAAGGGUCAAUUGGAGGGACUGAAGGAGGUUGCUCGCUCGUUUUCUGGAUCUACGGACAUGUCAUCAUAA